AAUGACACCUGCGCACAGUGCCGCAAAAGACCAGGGAAGACAAGUAAAAAGGGAGACAGAGAGGAAAACAACACGCGAAAGAAAGGAAUGUGUAUCAAGCAACAAAACGAGUUCUAGUCUCUGAACACUUACUCACCGAACCAACAAACUAUACACAGCCUCCUGGCUCGUGAAUUUGUAGAAAAAUUUGCCAAACGCGGUUUGUGGAGCUAGCUAACGUCGUUAACAACAAGUAUUCUUUCUUCCUACGCGUUAGCAACGCAGCUAGCUAGCUACCAAGAGGAUACGCGUGUGACCCAGACAAGAGCCGAGAAAACACGUAUUUCGGACACACCAUGAAUCCCGAAUAUGACUACCUGUUCAAGCUGCUUCUGAUUGGCGAUUCAGGGGUGGGCAAGUCUUGCCUCCUGCUUCGAUUUGCGGAUGACACCUACACGGAAAGUUACAUAAGCACCAUUGGAGUGGACUUCAAAAUCCGAACUAUUGAAUUGGAUGGCAAGACUAUCAAACUACAGAUUUGGGACACUGCUGGUCAGGAGCGGUUUCGCACCAUCACCUCCAGCUAUUACAGAGGAGCCCAUGGUAUCAUCGUUGUCUAUGAUGUAACAGAUCAGGAGUCUUACAACAAUAUAAAGCAGUGGCUGCAGGAAAUCGACCGCUAUGCCAGCGAAAAUGUCAACAAGCUGCUGGUGGGUAACAAGUGUGACCUCACCACCAAGAAAGUAGUAGAUUACACAACAGCCAAGGAAUUUGCUGACUCCCUAUCCAUCCCCUUCCUCGAGACCAGUGCUAAGAACGCAACCAACGUUGAGCAAUCCUUCAUGACCAUGGCGGCCGAGAUUAAGAAGCGCAUGGGGCCCGGGGCCACGACGGGAGGAGACAAGCCCAACCUGAAGAUUGAUAGCACCCCAGUAAGGCAGUCUGGAGGAGGAUGCUGUUAGGACUGCCCUGCCCCCUCCUCUCACCUCCAGAGGCCCAGGGGUAGAGUGACAGUACUGGGGUGGAGCUGACAGAACAGGAAAAUAUGGUGUUGGAGGUGGUGGGAUCUUCAAGAACUGACUGACUUUUUCCCCUCCAUUUUUUUUUUUUUUUUUUUUUUUUCAUCUUGACCUAUGCCCAUAAUUAAGUGAGAAGGGUUUGUGCCCAAGGAGCACUUUCCCCCCCAUACACUCUCAUUUUAUUCACCAAUGUGCACAGAAUUGGAAACAUCAUCUUUGAUAAAUGUGGUUGGCUUUGUAAGGCAUGAAAAAUGUUUUUAGCUAAUCUAGCACUAAUCCAGUAUCUAUCUGUAGCAGUGGCUGUUUAAACACACACACACAAGUGGUCGAAAGAAAUCAUGGAUGUUCUUUCAACUAUGGCUGACUACAUAACUACCCUUUAUGGCCUUCGUGGUUCCUAGUCAGACUGCUGAUCGCUGAUGGUGAGAAGGUGAAGUAAGAGGAAUCAUUGUGACAGUUAAACCAGAGGCUUCACGGACACACUCCAGAGGAGAAAUAGUGAAGACAAGCGCCGUUUGUAUCAUCUGUCCUCUCGGGAAUUGAGAUUCAGAUUUGGAAGUUGUCAUUGGGCCCAUGCGCAUAAUAUAUAGGUUGUAAUAGGGUUGCUGUUGAUGAGACAGAGAAGACAGGGCGAAGUAAAUAACAGGCUUUCUAUCAAAACAAAGUUCACAAAGUGGGGACAACAUGGCAAAUGGACAUCUGCAAUCACGGCGUCCACAUCUUUAAUGUCUGUUUUAAUCAUCGUUAUAUAACACUAUUAUCACAUGGUGGUUUUACUACUGUGGUUUUGGAUUGUUUUGAUUCUCUCUCUUCUAAUCCCGAAAGUGUAAGCAAUGAGUAUGUUAUUGCUGUUUGAUGAAUGAGACCAAAGGUCAACAGCAUUUGGUUCUUUCUGUCUGGAGUGGUAACUGGCUGUUAGCAUCCAGGGGUUUUCAGGCAUGUCCAAUCCUUUAGCGUUGAGUUUGAUCUCAAGUCACAAUGCUGCUGUACCAGUACCAUCAGACCUUUUACAAUAUUUUGGGGAGAGUAUGGCACAUUACGUAGCCUACCACAGUUAGCUUUUGAGUGUAUUGUUUUCACGUUUAACUGCUUGCUCAAACUUGUCGUUUCGGAUAUGUCUUUUCUAAUGACAUGUUUGUGGGAAAGAGAGAGAAUGGACCUCAGAGGAAAAAUCACCAGCGUCUCAUUCGUAUGGGGUCUCAAAUUAGUAUUAGAUUUCAAACAAGAGGAACACUUUUGCUUUCCUGAGUAAAUACUGUAGAGCUGAUGACUGUCUGGGAAUUCCACUUUCUUAAGCAUCACCAUUGAUAUCCUUGCCUUUUUGAUGAAGAAGUAUCUUGCGGUUGGUUGGUAAACACACCAGGAAAAGGUUGCUGGGUUUUUCCAUUUAGUGAAUUUUGACCCAUUUAAAUAGUUGGCUUCCUUGAUAUAUUCUCUCUGGUUUACAUUUUCCCUUUAAACGAAAAAUAGAUGAUUUCUAAUACACUAAUUCAAUAAUUUGGCUUUUGGUCAGGGAAGCGAUAUAAUGGAAAGAUUCCGGCAUGAUGGUUAUUUCUUCUUUGCUGUGGACAAUGUAACAUGCUCUUAAUGCCCAGAAGAUAUUGGGAGUCCAUAGUAAUAAAGUAUAUUGUUAUUAUUGCCAUUA